AUGGAAACUAGACUGGAUUGUGCUAUAAAAGCCAGUAAUCAACUGGUAACAACUUUACAUCGUGACGGUUUGGACAACGGAUGUGUCACAACGUUUAAUGACUCUUUGGUUAUUAGGCAGAACUUUACGGAUGACGAAAAUAGGCUUCAUCGUUCCCUCAAUUCUUUGAGAAACGCAGCGGCUGGUGAAACCCGUCUUUAUGACAGUAUAUACGAUGUCGUCGUAGGAAUUUUCCGUCGAAAGGCUAACCGCACUCGUCCUUGGAUUCUAGUCGUCGUGACUGAUGGAGAUGACAAUUGCAGUACACGAAGUGCUAGGCAAUGUGCUCAAGAAGUCUAUCGUUUAUUUACUAAUGAAGAAAGUAACUUUUUGUUUGUCGUCGGUGUGGGAAGCGGUGUAAAUUCAUCUAAACUGCAAGAGAUGGCCAACGUUGGUAGAUUUGAAUACAUCCAUGUCAAAGAUUUCCUCCUUCUCGAAGUUGCUUUAAUAACUCUUGCUCACAAAGUAACCACUUCCCUGUCGCUUUCCGUCAACGCCCUCUCUGUUGGUAAUGUUUCCGCAUCUUGGGCUGAAGUUCAAGAACAUAGAAAACUCAGCAACGUUGCCAUUGAUUACGGUUUGCUGAUAGACAUGUCGACAUCCAUGAACGAAAUAUCGAGCAGGGCACAAUGUUUUGAGGGACAUGAUUUGAGAAAGUAUAGGUUGGGACCGUGGAUUUGUGACGUAUGCGGAAAAAACGGCCCGACAGAAAUGUCUGAGUACCAUUGCCCCAAAUGUGACUUUAAUGCAUGCCAUAGCCAUUGCGUAUCCGGCAGUCCUUGCAAACCAACCAGCAGCUGUCCAAACAAACAUCCAAUGCGAUACGUAAAUAAAAAAGACCCAUGGCGAUGUGACGAAGACAAAAAAUUGUAUACAGGAAAAAGGCUUCGAUGUGAUCGGUGUGAUUAUGAUAUAUGUCCAAAUUGUCUAAUAGAGGCAGAGAGAGCAGACAGAGCGCUUGCCUAUCUCAUGGCUAGCUUACUCUUGCGAGAUUAG